UAAAAUGUCGAGACAAGAUUCAUUUAUAAACACAGUAGAGGCUAGUUGACAUCAGUACCGCGUCUGACCGCUGAACGAUUAAUUCAUUUAUUAAAUUUGUGUAACUAUAAUAUGGAUAAAUUACAAGUUUUAAUAUUACUUGCUGUGGUCAGCUACGCAGCAUGCGGCGUCAGAUUCAGACGUCAAGCUGAUUCGAGUGAAGAGGAUCUCGAAGACAGGUACGGCUGGAACAGGCCCGACUUUGAUCCAUGGAGGAGACCAAACAACCAAUUCAAUCCCAACUUUUAUCCUAACCAGAAUCAAAAUUGGCCAAACAUGAAUCAAAACAACAGGCCGAAUAUGAAUCAAAACUGGCCCAACAUGAACCAAAAUAACAGGCCGAAUAUGAAUCAAAACUGGCCCAACAUGAACCAAAAUAACAGGCCAAACAUGAAUCAAAAUAACAUACCAAACACGAGACCGAAUGUUCCUACACAGCCUCCAACCACUCAAGCCCCAAGUAACGGAGUAACAACCCAAUCUCCAGAAAUACAGAACUGUUUGCUAACCUGCCCAGUAACAGCUGAAUACAACCCAGUCUGUGGAUCUAACGGCCAAACCUACGACAAUCCUGGCAGGCUCUCUUGUGCACAAUUGUGUGGAGUUACUGUCUCACUGCUUCGUUCUUCGAGGUGUCCGGCCACUACGACUACAGCCGCGCCUACAUCGUAGAUUUAAGUUAAUAUUAAGUUAAAUAUAACAAGUCAGUUAUUUAAA